AUGUUCUCCCCAACACCCCAAACCCUUAGUAUCAUCAUUGUCGUCUUCAUCCUAACAACCCUUCUCAUCCGCCGCGCCCUCCUCCCGAAACCCAUCCCCGGCAUCGUCUACCGCGAAGCCAACGCCAAAAAGGUCCUUGGCAACGCCUGGGAACUCCUGCAAUGGAAGAAGAAGCACGGCGAAAUGUUUGGCUACCUCGCCAACCUCGCCGUGGAACUCAACGAGCCCGUGUUUCAGAUCUUUGUGCACCCGCUCGGCAAGCCUUGGGUCAUUGUUGCUGAUAACCGCGAGGCUUUUGACAUUUUGUCGAGACGCACGCCGAAGGAGUUUGAUCGCUCGAGAUUCUUGAGGAGUUUGUUCAUGCCGCUUGUGCCGGAGUUUCACUUCCAUAUGCCGACUGGGGAUCGGUGGAAGGCCCAUCGGAAGUUGGUCGCUGAUACAAUGUCGCCUGCGUUUCUGGGUGGUGUUGCUGGACCGCAGAUGUGGAAGUCUACUAUGAAGCUGAUUGAUCUUUGGAGAGUUAAAGAGAGAUUGGCCAAGGGUAGACCGUUUUCUGUGUCGACGGAUAUUCGCAAGGCGGCUUUUGAGAUCAUCUGGGCUGCGACGUUUGGCUUUGACUCUGGCUCGACAAGUGCUCAGACCGAGCUUCUCGAGACGCUGCCUGAGUUCACCAACCUACCCGACAUGGAUCAUGAAGUCCACUUCCCCGUUGCCCCUGAUCCUCCCGUCUUCAAAGCUGGUCUCGCUCUCAACGACGCCAUGAACAUUGGUGUUCAAUCACUUGUACCUGGAUUGCAUUUGUGGUUGGCUUAUAACCUCAUGCCCUCUCUACGUGCAGCCCGAAGCCUCAAAGAAGCUGUCAUCCAAGACAUGAUCAAGCAAGCGAUCAACAAGUUCUCUAACCAGACUGAUCUCAAUUGGGAGGACCAAGGUAACCUGAAGCGACACAUGAAGAGCGCAGUCGACAUCGUGAUCGCCCGAGAAAUUGACAGCGCGCGAAAAGAAGGCCGUACGCCCGAGCUGAUGAGUCGCACCGUCCAAGACGAGCUUUUCAGUUUCAUGCUGGCUGGUAACGAGAUCUUCACCCUGACUGCCUGGACUCUCAAGUUUCUCACCACGCAUCAGAACGUUCAGAAGAAGGUCCGCGAUGAACUCAGAGAACAGUGCAGCGCUGCUGUCGAGAGAGGCGACGCACCCACUGUCUCAGAAAUCAUGUCCGCUCGCCUCCCGUACUUUGAGGCUAUGAUUGAAGAGUCUACGCGCUGUGGUUCCGUCACCCAGACCAACAUCCGCACGACGAUGCAAGAGGUUAAUAUUCUAGGUCACAUGGUUCCGAAGCACACGGAGAUUCUGAUGCUGAACAAUGGACCUGGAAGUUUCAUGCCCUCACUAUCCGUCGACGAAGAAAAGCGAUCAGAGAGUUCAAAGGGCACAGCUGGUAAGAUCGGUCAGUGGAACGUCAAGGGCAUGAGAGACUUUGAUCCAGAGCGAUGGCUCGUCAAAGAUGAAGAGGGUCGAUUGACGUUUAAUCCCAAUGCUGGACCACGACAUUCAUUCGGUGCUGGGCCCAGGGCCUGUUUUGGUCGUAAAUGGGCUGCACUGGAGGUCAAGAUCAUGAUGGCGCUUAUUGUUUGGCACUUCAAUCUUGAGCCGACGCCGAAGCCGCUGUCGAGCUUUAAGCCUUUCCCUGGUGUUGCGCAUCGGCCGGAGAUGAUAUACUUGCGUUUAUCGAAUGUUUAG